CUUUUCCUGUGAGAGAGAGAGAGAGGGUUUGCGAAGAAUCGCCUUGAAUAUCAUGUAAAAAUCGCGUGAUUUCUCAAGAAUUUCUCCUUAUAUUCUCUUGAAAAUUUGAUCUAAUGGUGAAUGCUGCUGCUCUUCUCGGAUCCACAAUCACCGGCGAGAUUCAAUCUUUGCAGGUUGGGUUGCGGUUGCUGCUCUGCCCACUUGGUUCCAAUGUUGUUAUUCGAACUGCAUGCUGUACCGUGGGAAUUGUUUUGCCUGUAUACUCUACAUUCAAGGCCAUAGAGAGGAAAGAUCAGAGCGAGCAAGAACGGUGGCUUGUAUACUGGGCAGCAUACGGAUCUUUCAGCCUUGCAGAAGUUUUCUCUGACAAAAUUCUCUCCUGGUUUCCGCCAUAUUACUAUGUGAAGUUUGCGUUUCUUGUUUGGCUCCAAUUUCCACCUGCUGAUGGGUCAAGGCAAUUGUACACAAGGCAUCUGCGCCCAUUCCUCACAAGGCAUCAGGCUCGACUUGAUCAAGUAGUGGAUUCUGCUUCUGGUGAAAUAGCCAAGUUCGUCAGUGCACACCAGGCAGAAAUCCAAUUUGUGAGGGCUUUGCUUGGGAGGUUUUUUAUAGCAGCACAUCAAAUGGUGAAGGAUGUGAUCCAGCCAGUACAACCACCGGGACGUGCUGCAAUAGAAGGCCCAAGAAGACAACAAAGAAGACAGAUUGAAGACUCAGAAUCUGACCAUGAUGAUUGAUGAUGUCCCACCUCUUCUUGUUAGAUCAGCAUAGGAGCACCACGACAUGCCCAUAAAUUUCCUUGAUGGGAAGUUGUUCAAUACAACCAACAUGUCUUUGUACUUAUUUACAGUUGCAGGCGCUCAUGCGUGUUUAUGUGCCUUGUUCACGUGCCUGGUUGUGUUUAAUAUUUCUACGAUGAUCUCCCAUUGUACGUCCUAACCUGUGGGUUAGAUGAAUUGAUGUGUUAGUUUCAUUAUCGCAUCAUCAUUUUCAA